GCACGCUGUGGGUGCCUCUCUGCUCCUCCCCUGGACACACAGCGCCAUGGCCUCAGACGUGCAGCGAAUCCUUGACGCUGCCGAUUUUGCGGCGAGAAAACACAAAAGCCAGCGGCGCAAAGACCCGGAGCAAACCCCGUACAUCAACCAUCCCCUGGGCGUUUCUCGAAUCCUGUCCCAUGAAGCAGCAAUUACAGAUGUGGUUGUCUUGCAGGCCGCACUUCUCCAUGACACGGUUGAGGACACUGACACCACGCUGGCAGAGAUCGAGGAGAAGUUUGGAGAGAAGGUCCGGAGUGUCGUUGCCGAGGUGACGGACGAUAAAGCCCUCUCGAAGGCGGCGCGGAAGGAGCUUCAGAUCCAGCACGCGCCCCACUGCAGCCGUGAAGCCAAACUGGUGAAACUGGCAGACAAACUGUACAAUCUGCGGGAUCUCAAGCGCUGCACGCCAAGAGGAUGGACCGAGGAAAGAGUUGAAGAAUAUUUCAUCUGGGCUUCCAAAGUAGUCGCUGGACUUCAAGGGACGAAUCAGACCCUGGAAAAUAGCCUGGCUGGUCUGUUUAAAGAACGAAACAUUUUCACUCGGUAAUGGGUCACCGGUUAACUGAUUCUGUGUGGCCUUUCUUAACGGACGCACAAUGUAGAAUGUUACUGUAAUAUGCACAACUUUAAAUAUCCAUCUUGUUCCAAGAUAAAGCUAAACAUUGAAGAAUCAUUUCCUCUUCAUGCUAUUUGUCUUUGGACUGAAUAAAUCUGUGCCGUGAAUUCCUCUGUACGUACCUCAUUUGAAUUAAAUGUUGGCUGUUUAGUUUGACAAAG